UCAUGCGCCCGAUUAAUAUUGCAAUGUUCGUCAAAUUAGUUAACAAAUUUAUGCGCGCUACACGUCAAAUUUACUACCCUACCGUACGUGUAAUCGUCUCCCCUAACCGUAUUCCCUGCGAGAGGAGAAGAGAGAGACGGAAAAAAGUUACACAAAUUUACUUCGUCAACAUCGGGCGCGAAAGAAUUUGCAUCACGAAUUCAUAACCUGAAUCCCCAUCUGUGUAUAAAAAAAAAAAAAAAAAAGAACGAAAAAAAUUCUACAAAAAAAACGAACGAGUGGAAAAACUUUUGUUUCUGGAUCCGUCAUUUCUGCUGUUGCAUAGUUUUGACAGUUUAUAGCGAAUCCAAUUUUCGCAAACAGAAUAAUUGCGGAAGAUUUUUUAAACAAAUGGACUUUUUGAUGCUGUCGGUAAGAUCUUGCGAAAAUUUCGAAACUCUCGGUAAGGAUUUAACGACGAAUGAGAAAAGAAAAUAUUUGCCAUACAUUCGGAGCGCAUCCGCAACAAAUAUGUAAUUUCUGUGAAUUUCUGUUUUUUUUUUUUUCUGUUCGGGCUUUCAAUUCGAGGUAACAUUUAAUUCAGCCUAUUUAGGAUACGGAUAGAGUUUUUAUGAUAGUUGGAAGGGCUAUCCCGGCGCUCGUUGAAUCGGUCUUGAUAAGUAUUUUCAUGUUAAUGUGAGACAGUGACAUUUGGUGAUUGGGAAUGGGUGACGGUGCUGAUGUAGUGCGACAACGUAUGGGGAAAUCGGUGAGGGAGGACGUCGACUUGGGAAAAAAUCUGCGAAAGAAACUCGAAAAGGAGUUCAAAGACGUUAGAGUCACCCGCAAGGACGUUGCGGACGACCUUUUACCCCAGGCGGAAGAUGGACUAGAAAGGCAUUCCGGCGAACCAGGCGAACCGACCAAAAGAAUCGAGUUGUUGCACGAUUUCGAAAAAACUGCCCUCGAAGAUCAGAAGUCCGGGAAGAAGAUGGUGAUAAUAACCGAUCCGGAGGUAGCGGCGCCGUUUCCUUACUCGGACACGAAACUACGUCCCGAAGCUCCCCCUUUUACACCCGAGUGCGUUUCUCCCAGUCCCGAGCUCGCGGCCUACGGCGAACCGGAGAACGAUUCUUCUUGUUUCGUGAACGUCGACCUCAAGCUUCCGGCCCAAGAAGAAGAACGGGAAAAAGUCUUUCCCGCCGAGAGUGAAAUUUCACCGCUUAAAAUCACGCCAAUCACAAAUGACGACACGGAAAUCAUCGAAGACGUCAGGCUAAAACCGUUCAGUCUCACGGCGCCGCCUCAGCUUCAAAAAUCCACGCCCAAUAUAGAGAUAUCGGAGACGGUCGAUAAAGAUGAUCCCAUCGUCGCGGUUCGCCCGACAACCUCAACCGCAGGAGCAUCCGAAACGAGAGAGACCCCGAUAGUGUCCGGAAGAGAACGUGUUAAUUUUUUAUCGCCGGCAUUUUUUCUCGGCAACAAAACGCAGAUAAUCGUCCUAGUUGCCAGCAUAAUAGUUUGCGUGAUUCUUGUAAUUUUCGUACUCGUUUAACGUCGAUCAUUUAUUGUUACUGUAAUAAUUAAUAUUAUUAUCAUUACCUUUGUGACAAUUGAAGCGAAAUUAUAUUAUU